AAACAAACAAUAUAACUUUUUAAUUACCACAUUUUCAGGCUAUAUGGUACUGCCAUAGUGGAUAAUCUAAAGUAAAAUGUCAAAAUCAAAGGGUGCAGAAAGUGUUAAAGUCGUAGUUCGAUGUCGUCCUCUUAAUCAAAAAGAAAUUGCAGCAAAUCAUGACAGGGUUGUGAACAUGGAUGUGAAAUCUGGACAGAUUUUAAUAAAAAAUCCAAAGGCGACUGGUGAAGCAGAGAGGAGUUUCACAUUCGAUGCCGUAUAUGAUUGGAAUUCAGAGCAAACAGAUCUUUUUGAAGAAACUUUUCGAGUUUUGAUUGAUUCUGUUCUUGGAGGGUUCAAUGGCACUAUAUUUGCCUAUGGACAAACUGGGACAGGAAAAACUUACACAAUGGAAGGUGUUCGAAAUGAUCCUGCGCUUCGUGGAGUCAUUCCUCGUUCAUUUGAUCAUAUUUUCACUCACAUUGCGAGAACUAAAGAUCAAGAAUAUCUUGUCAGAGCAUCCUAUCUUGAGAUUUAUCAAGAGGAAAUUCGUGAUCUUUUAGCGAAAGAUCAAUCAAAACGACUGGAAUUAAAAGAAAGACCAGACACAGGCAUUUAUGUGAAGGAUCUUCUGUCAUUCGUUACUAAAUCAGUAAAGGAAAUUGAACAUGUUAUGAAUGUUGGAAAUCAAAACAGAUCUGUUGGUGCAACUAACAUGAAUGAACAUAGUUCAAGAUCUCAUGCUAUAUUUGUGAUUACAAUCGAAUGUUGUGAGACCGGUGUCGAUGGAGAAAAUCAUAUACGAGUUGGAAAGUUAAAUUUGGUCGAUCUUGCGGGAAGUGAAAGACAGUCAAAAACUGGAUCAGCGGGCGAACGUUUGAAGGAAGCAACCAAAAUUAACUUAUCUCUGUCAGCAUUAGGCAAUGUAAUAUCAGCUUUAGUUGAUGGGAGAGGACAUAUACCAUACAGAGAUUCAAAAUUGACAAGAUUGUUACAAGAUUCAUUGGGUGGAAAUGCAAAGACUGUUAUGGUUGCCAACAUUGGUCCAGCAAGUUACAACUAUGAUGAGAGCUUGACAACUUUAAGAUACGCAAACAGAGCAAAAAAUAUCAAGAAUAAACCCAAGAUUAAUGAAGAUCCAAAGGAUGCAUUACUCAGAGAAUUCCAAGAGGAAAUUGCUAGAUUAAAAUCUCAGUUGCAAGGAAAAGGUGGUGGAAAAGGUACAAGACGGAAAAAUAAACAUAGAAGAGUUGGAGAAAAUGGAGAAGAAAUUAGCGGGAGCGAGAGUGACGAAACUGAUGAUGGAAGUUUAUCUGAAAAUCAACAAGCUAAGUUGGAAGAAGAUAAGCAGAGAAUUCAACAAGAUGAAAAUAUGGCACAAGAAGAAAAGAAAAAACUAUUGCAAGAAAAGGAAAAGAGAAUUCAAGAAAUCAAAAAGGAGCAGCAGGCAAAGGAAGCUCUCGCUGCAAAAAUUAAUGCAAUGCAAAGCAAGCUUCUUGGCGGUGGACGAACGAUUGUAGAUCACACCAAUGAACAAGAGAGGGCUUUGGAAGCGAAAAGGAGAGAAAUUGCGGAACAAUUAUCGAAGGAGAGAGAAAUGAAGCAGAAACUAGAAGAAAGGGAAGGUUCUGCUCUUGAAGCCCAGGAAAGUUACACAUCUUUACGUCAAGAAGUUGAAAUCAAAACGAAAAAACUUAAAAAAUUAUACGCAAAGUUACAAGCAGCAAAAUUGGAAGUUCAAGAUACAGUUGAUAUAAAUGCAAGCGAAAGAGUGGAAUUAGAGCAAGCACAAAUGGAACUUAUUCGUGAAUUCAAGCUUAGGGCUUUGAUUCUAGAGAAUUUUAUCCCUCUUGAAGAAAGGAAGAAAAUAGAAGAUCGGACAUACUUUGAUGAUGAUGAGGGAAUACACAGACUAAAACCUUUGACUGAAACGAUGAAACAAACGAUGAUGAAGCGACCACAGAGUGCAAAGGGAAGUGGAAAACGACCAAUGAGUCAAUAUGCCAGAGUUGCAGCUGCAGUAGAUAUAACUAAUCCCAGAUUCAGAGCUGAAAAUAUACUGCUGGUUGAACUCGAUAUGCCUCCAAGAACAACUAGAGAUUAUGAAGGACCAUUAGUUGCUCCAAAAGUGCAAGCAGCUCUUGAUGCUGCUUUACAAGAAGAGAGUGAACUUCACCUUGAUGCAAGUGCAGAUAUAUUUGCAUUGAAGCCAAAGAAAAAAUUGAAAACAAGAGUUAGAUCUGAAAGAUCAAAAUCCGCAAAAUCAAGCAAGGGUAAUCAAGAUACUUCGGCUUAUCCAACAUCAAGAGGACUUGUGCCGAAAUGACAAAAUAAUUUAAAACAUUUGCACGUAUUGCAUAUUGCACAGACUUUUACCUGCUGCCUACAGAUACUGUGGUCUUAUCAAUAAUAUGGCACUUAUAUGCAGGGGCACAGCCAUGAUUCAUUUUAAUGGGGGGAUUACUCUGGAAUUAAAACAGUGCUCCAGUGACCCAAUUUAUGGCGUCAUGAGCGGUCUUUGUGUUUGUAUGCGAAAUGCAUUUCUUCUGCUGUUUCGUGGUCCGAACCUCAUGCCAUUGCUUGUCAAUCAGCAUAGACGACGCAUAAGACAAUACCCUAAUGAUCAUAGAGAUAAACCACAUUAUCAGUGCUAACUAACAGAGAUAACUUAUCCUAAACAUGAUUUGAAGUCAAGUAAAUUAGAUUAUGGUGCUAGCACAUUGAAUAAAAUACGGUACUUUUUGACGGUACGGUGCAUAAAAUGACGUUGUUGUUUAUUUGUAACUCCAAAGAUCUGCUGGCUUUGUCCCUGCUUUUGAUGUAUAGAAUUUUGUGUGUUGUACUUUAUGUUUAAUAUGUGCCAUAAACUGAUUGUUUCAUUAACAUGACAUUAGUGCAAGUCGUUCGACAUUUAAUAUUGUAAAUGCUUUAAAUACAGCUAUCUAUGGAUGUUGGCUGAAAGCUGAACAAUAUUCUUCAGAAUAAUUUAAAAAUUGGAUUUCUGAGUUGGAGUCUGGAAAAACAUAAUAUUUGAGCUUAAACUUUAUUGAUAAAAUUGGGAACUUAUAAUUAUUUAUCUUCUACACUCUUUAGAAUUAAGUUCAACUUCAUUAUAUUUAUGGCUAAUUUUAUUUUUUAGACAAAUUUAUUCAUACUUCUUUUUUUGUAAGUUUUCAUAUGUUUCUCUGUAUCCAUUUCUUCAUAUUUGAUUUCAUUUUGUGAAAUUAGAUUCAACGCUACUUUUUCGUAUGUGAAUUUAUUUUUAUAUGUGAUAUUUACCUUCCUCCCACUGUAUGACUAAAGUAAUAUUUUUCUUUUUGAAUUGGGCACUUAGCAAGCAGUCACCAAACAUGAAGCUCAUUUGUGUGGUCUUAUUUUUCCGGUCCUGACUAACUUAUAUUAUUAAACUCCGAUAGCUUACUAUCAAGCUUUCUAGACCCAUUGGAUCUGGCUACAGUUAGUAACUGUUACUUACUUCAUUUAAUACAUCUGUGGUCAAAAACAAUAUAUGGUAUCAAUAAAUUCCCUUUGCAAUUUUAACAUACUUUAUGGACACCGUAUAUAAUUUUGAAGCAGAUUGGCCUUAAGUAUUUGAGCUUUUUUCAAAUCUGAUAAAAAGCUAUUAUUAGAUGAGAGAUACUGCAAUUUCUACCUAUAUUUGUUUAUUUGCUUCUAUACUAGAUUGUCAUAUACCACUGACUGGGAAUUUCUGCAACUCUAUGCUGGCGGGACUAGGUAAUAAUUACAAAAUCAAUUCGAACCGUGAUAUUUAUGGUAUAAUGUCCAAUUUUUAGCCCUGUACAUGGUUAUGAUGUAAAUUUUAGGCAUGUUGAAUAUUUUAUAUUUCUCUGAACAUAUUGAUGGAGUCUUAUAGAGUUGUGAUUCAAAAUUUUACAGCUGACAUGGAAAUUCUCACUGUGACUUAUGUUAGAAUGAGGUUAUUAAUGGUUGUGUUGUUGUAAUUUUAUAUUUUCAAACGUCUAAGUUGCACAUUAAAUAUUCGCUGAGUGUGAUGAUGUUUUGUCAUAUCAUAUAUUCAUCUGGCACGCUUUUCCGCUGUGGGAGUUUUCCAAUUAUGAUAUAGUUUAUAUUAAUUUAUCUGGUUCUCAAACUUUACCUUUGUCACGUUGUCUUAUUAUUAAUGACUUGUUUGAAUCUGAUGGUAUGUAGCGUCCCCUUGUGAUUUCAUGACAUUUGGUAAAACCUGUGCGAACAAUCGAAAAAUUGUGUGUGAAAACGAAGUUUCUAGGGUUUGUUUGAUUGAAAAUAUUAUCAUUAUAAGAUUUAUUUUUUCGAAAAGAUGAAGAAAUGUCAAUUGCAAAUGUCA